CCCCCGCCCGCCCCGCGCGGCAGCACCGCCCGCCCCGCGGCCGCCCGCGCGCCCGCCUUCCGGCCGGUUGCCCGGCGACGCCUGAGGCGGACAGAAUGAGGCCAUGGCUCAGGUGCGGGAGGAGCUGCCGAAGAAGAAGCGUCUGGACGCGCAGGGAGUUCUGCGGCACGAAAUGGGAUUGCGAUUAGGCAUGUGGUACUGGAGAGAUGAAAGCAAAACUCUUGAAUUCAGAAGUUUUACACCUGCAGUAGAACCCAAGGAAAAAGGAAGGAGAGGCAAAGCUGUUCACUUUGCUGAAAUUGAUGCUUCAGAGAGGUUGACAGAUAAAAGACUUGCUUCCAGAGAGGCUAAGUCACCUCAAGCCUUAGAGAAACGAGGUCUGCAGGGCAACGUUACACUGAAUGAUGUCAAGUUUGUUGCUUUGCUUUUGCUACAAGAGAGCGAGAUGCAGCGGGUCUGUGCCUUUUCAUCUUUUAUGAGGAAUAAGAAUCUUGAUAAUUUCCUCAUGGCAUUAUUGUACUAUUUAUCUCAUUUCUUGGAAAAAAACUCACUGGAAAAGAAGCCCAAAAGCUAUAUGGUGGGCCUUGUGGAGAAAAAAGAGAUGGAACUGGUUUUAACUAAGUUAGAAGCGGCACAGAAAAACUUGGCACAGAAGUACUGUGUCCUUGUCCUGGGCUUGGGAAUGCCCGAAAAGCAUCACAUGUGCUGCGGGAGGGAGAAAAUAUCAAAUACACAAAAAGACUGGAAAUUCUUUGAGUCCUUUUAUACUUUCUGUACAUAUGUAGCUUGGAUUGUUUUUCGACGUCAACAUUUCUCAGAGAUUGAGGAAGAAAUAGGGAGGCUCUUUCGUACCAAUAUGUUCAAUAUUCCUCGAAGGAAGCGUGAGGAUGAAGAAUCAGGAGGUGAAAAGAAACGCAUGACAUUUGUACAAUUUAGGAGAAUGAUGGCAAAACGCCCAGCGAUUAAAACAGCCAUUCACAUGCGCUCCCCGGUCAUGUCUACCCUGCUGCCAUCUCUCAGAGAAAAAGCUCAGAAUAUCUUUGAGAAAAAGAAUCUAAUCAGCACCAGAUUGCCAGCCCAGAUGCAAGAGCACAGAGAAAAGAUGGAGUCUGUGCCCAUGCCAAUAGUUGGCAUUUUGGGGCAGCCUCGAUGUCUGUUCAACCCCCAUACGCUUCUCCCCCUCGAACCAGAAGAAAAAUCGUCCGGAAGACAGUCUUUCCUGAUAGAAAAAAACAACGUAAAGAUUCGGGAUACACUGGACUUGGUCAUGAAAACGCUGUCCGCUCAAACAUCAGUCCCUAAAUAAUCUGGUACAUUCCAUUGCUGUAAUUAAGUUUGCUUUGUCAUUUACUUACCUCCCUGGCUUCUGUGUAACUAGAGUAACAUAUCAGGACAUUUAGCCAGUGUCCUAGUGGACUAGUGAAGAGAUAUUCUAUUUAUUAAUUUCUAAGUUCAUUUUUGCUUUAUAACAAAGUGUCUUUGAUAUGUUUGUAAAAAAUUUUAUAAAAAGGCAAAUUAAAUAUUUUAAACAUUAAA